CAAAGGCGCUACUGUGACCAUCAUGGCUAUAGUGCAGACCUUGCCUGUCUCCAUUGAAUCUGCCACUGAAGGGGCUUCCCAACUCUGUGCUAGUGCCAACUCAUCCCCUGCUAACAUGGGGAGUGUCAGUAGCCUUAUUUCAGGCCGGCCUUGCCAUAAGGCCACCUCUGAGUUUGGUGCUUUCCCCCUGCGUGGAAAUGCUGGCUCCCAAGAGCUUCUGUGUCAUGGACUCCCUACGAAGAAGAGCACCUAUGCUUACGGCAAUGAAGAAGACUGGGCUGAAGCUGUCUCCCCCAUCAGCCCUUGUAGUGAUGCAGAAGAUCUUCAGGAUGACAAGCCACGGAGUGGCAUCGUCCGUGGACCACCUCCCAAGUUGGUUCCUGUUUCAGGGAAACUUGAGAAGAAUAUGGAGAAGACACUAAUUCGCCCCACAGCCUUCAAACCAGUUAUGCCCAAGAACCGCAACCUGCCAUUGCAGAGCCACUUGGUUCUGCGUCCUGGGACUUCGGUGAUCUCUGAGAGCCAAUCCAGCCUAGCUCAGCUCUUUGGUGCCAAUGCUGUAAGCACUGCAGAGAAGCUCAGUUCUUUGAGCUGCCAUACCAGCUCCCACUCUGGGACAAUGUCAGACUCCGGGCGUAAUUCCCUCUCCAGCCUUCCCACAUACAGCACUGGGGGCAGCCAGCAAAUAGAGCCAGUCAGUAUCUCCAUAGGCCAUAAUAACCUUGACAGCCACGGCAGCGGCAGUUCACGCGGUCUUACUGGCCCAUCAAAUUCAGACAGUGGGCGGUCAUCCUCAAGCAAGAGCACGGGCUCCCUGAGUGGCCGCGGGCAUCCUUCCUCUGACAGCGGCUCCUGUGGGGGGCGUUCCCCUAUGCACAGUGGCGCGGAUGAAGCCCUUCUUGUCCAUGAACUUGAAGAGAAGCUGAGGGAGCGUGAAGCCGAGCUGCAGCAUUUAAGAGAGAGUCUGGAUGAGAAUGAGGUGGCCAUUUGCCAGGUAUAUGAGGAAAAGCAGAGGCGCUGUGAAGAGGAGAUGGAAGAGCUCCGGCAGGGCUUUAGUGCUAAGCUGCAGCAAUCAGCCCAAAAGGCUCAGCGUAGUCAGCAGGUGUUGCAACUACAGAUUUACCAGCUGCAGCAGGAGAAGAAGAAACUCCAGGAGGAUUUUGUGCAGCUGCUGGCAGAGCGUGAGCUGCUGGAGCAACGCUGUGCCAACUUUGAGCGGGAACACACCGAGCUGGGCCCCCGGUUGGAAGAGACCAAGUGGGAGGUUUGCCAGAAGUCAGGUGAGAUCUCAUUGCUGAAGCAACAGCUGAAGGAGUCUCAGGCAGAGGUCGUGCAGAGGGGUAAUGAGCUCGUGUUACUAAGGGCCCAGCUGAGAGAAGCACGGGCUGAUCUGCAGACGAGCGAAGAACAGGCCUUGAGUUUGCAGGAGAUGGCCCGUACCAAGGCAAUGGAGUUAGAAGUGUGUGCCAAUGAGUUGGCCAGGCGCAAGAGUGAAGCAGAGCUGCUGCGUGAGAAGGUAGGGCGGUUGGAGCGCGAAUUAGAUACUUUGCGCAGCACUAGUGGAGAACUCUGUCCCCUGAUGGCUGAAUGCGAUGAGGUAAAAGCUCAGCGACAAGCAGCGGAUACCCUGCAGGGUUUGCGUGCACAAGCUGAACGGCUACGCACAGAGCUAUUGUGUGAGCGACGCCGUGGGGAGGAGCAACGGGAGGUUUUCCAGGCUGAGCGUAUCACUUGGCAAAGUGAGAAGGACAGGGUCAUCCGCUACCAGAAGCAACUGCAGCAUAAUUACAUCCAGAUGUAUCGGCACAAUCGUGAUUUAGAGUGCCAACUGCGCCAUCUCAGUCUUGAACUUGAGGCCCGGGACAUGGAUGAAUAUGAGCUGCAUGGAAGUGAAGGCAUCUGCUUGGAGGAGAUUGCAGCUACUGAGAUCUGAACAUGCCUGUGGAAGCCGUACUGAAUGGGUCACACUGCCACAAAAGGAUACUGGUCAGGCUGGAGCAUUUUUCCCUGGGAUUUUGUCUGACUGAGCAACUGGGAAUGCAGUGAGCCUCAGUUCAGUAGUGGAAAGAGCUACCUUUCCAGUCAUAAAUCCCAGUGAUAGGACUUGUUCUGUCACUUAAACUUGGUCAUGAACUCUCAGUAAGUCAACAGUUUAAUGGCUAUUAAAAGUAGAAUAGUGUGUGAAACUAGGCAGCUGGCCUUAACUCUAGGAGGUACAGGAAGACCUGGUUAAAGAUUUCCUGGUCAACCUAGAAGGAAAGUUCAAAUCCUUCCUUUGAAAGCAGCAGCAGCCUUUGUUCCAGCAUUUCACUGGAAAUGAAGCAGGAAUAGCCUUUGCUUUUGCAAGAGGCUGUUAAGUGGUGCUGCCUUUCAAGUCCCAAUGUUAAUUAGCUUUCCGUAAGACCUUGGGAGUCACCACUUGCCUCUUGCUCUUUGGGUUAGUUGGAGAUGAGACUAGCAUGGAUGGGACUGCCAGGAUUGUGUAGAGCACUUUUGCUUCUACUCUGCUCUUCUGUUACCUUUAUGUAAUGACCCAAUGGACUGUCAGUCACCACUUGCUGAAUUUUGGGAGAUUUGGCUGUUCAACAGCUAAUUAGCUGCUAAUCCAGUUAGAUGCAGGUUUUAGACUGGCUGAGGAAGCUUUGUCUAUACAAGGCUCUUCUUGGAUUUUUAGCCCACUUCUCUGCUGUAUGUGAAGUAUAUCUUUUCUGAAAUCCAAACACGUAAAUGCAUACAACCGAAACCUGUACUAUGGACCCUGUUACUAUGCAUAUGAAAUACAUUUGCAUUUAUUUCCUCUUUUGCACAUGCUUCCUGUAGUUAUGAAGGACAAGGACCUUUGUAGGCAAUUCUUUGGCCAAUAGAUGAUGUGGGCCAAAGAAUUAGGGAUCUGGGCAUUAGUCCAAACUUAUUUCUUUUUAUAGGACAAAAAUAUUAAUAAAUUAUACUAGGUUCAAAGCUGAUUCUCAGUAUUCCAAAUUCUGUUAUUUUUAAAAGCCAAAAAAAAAAUAUUACGGAAUACUUGCAAUC